AUGCUGCAAUUAAGAGAUUUUAUCCCACAAGCUGAGGAGCAUGAAAGCUGCCGGGACUUUGCCAAAGCGGAAGAAAUUUAUUCCAAAGGAAUCGCAGCUCUUGAUCACUGGCGGCUCUUCUGGCAUCGUAGCAAGGCUCGAAUGGAACUGGCACUGCAAUCAGAAGAUGCCGAAUCUCAGCAAAAACAUUUUGAGAAAGCCCUUGAUGAUGUCAAAAGGCUGUUCAAAAAUCAGAUGGCAAAGAUGCGCGCCUUUGGAUCACCUAUAUUGGCUUUCAAAAAUAAUACAAAAAUAUAA